UGGGGAAAACUCACUACACUGCAUUCUUCUCAGAUAAAAGCAACCGCAGUGCUAUCAUUAAAGUACUCUAAAAUAGCCAUAUAUGUCCCCAAAUUAACUACACGAGCAAUCGAAGCAUACUCACCACUCACCCCGGCUCACCAAACUACUAACACCAAAAAGACCAUGUUGAAAACAGAAACCAUGCCCAUCGCACACAACCCUCCAUACUCCCAUCUCUUCCAUCCACCACCCACCGUCAUCCUACCCAUCACACCGCCAUCUCCAAACUCCCAUCAAGCCCAACCCAUCAUCCUACCGGUCGGAACCCGGAACCCUCGUCAAACCUCAUCCCGCCCUUCCCCGCCGCCCUCCUAGUGCCACACCCUCAAACCAAGCCAGCGCAAACGUUUUUUCUCGCCCAACCUUGUUUCGUCCCCACCCGCGCUUGACGCAAACGUGGGGGGUUCAUACGGUUACUUUAUCUGUAUUUGCGGACGCCGAAGUUAGACCGCGG